AUGUUUGUACGAUCGAAUCAGGGGACUAAUGGUACCAUUCAGUUCCGCUUUGUCGUAUCGUCCGACCAAGAGCUGUGUGUCACCUACACCACCUUCAAGGAUUCUAGCACUCAGCUGAAGGCGACACGGUUUACGCAAUGCCAAAGCACGCAAGUUAUGUCUGGCAGGGUAAGUUUUAUAUGUAUUGAGUUGGUAUGAUAUGGCUAAAAUUGUAGAUCUCGCUUUAUUCGCGAAUUUAAGGACCAAUGGUACUAUCGAAACAGAGGACUCAUGGUACCAUAUAGUAGGAAUAAAAGGGUCAUUUGA